GGUAUCUGGGACGGUCAAGAACGAUGGCAGUGGCGAUUACUUGGCAUGGAACACGGACACGAAGGCCGUCAUGAGCCCCAAGGAGCACUGGUGGCAAGUAGUCUUCCAAGGCGGUCACGUCGGAUUCCAAGUCCCCCAUACUGCGCAGAGCCCUGCAGCCUUCCGUACUUUGCAACUCGAAGCUGAUAAAUCGGUCAUCCUCAAGAACCAGGAAGGGACUCUCAUCGAUGCGCAGCUGUGGGACAUCUUGGAAGGAUGAACCUGUGGUUGAAGGAUUUCGUUUAGCCGUCUCGCGAAUUAGUAUUUUAGUCUAGGUGCUUGUUGACGAACGUGGCAUUCAACUGUCACGCAGAUUGGGCUGCAGCCCGCUGUUUUCACGUCUUUUGUGCGAGUAUGCAUUGUUGUCUGUCGCGGCACACCGUGGUCAUGACUGGUACUGUGGGAAGACCGUGUAAGAUAUCCCAUGAAGUGAGCUGGUUCAGGUCACUGGCAAGAGUUGGAGCCCGUGCUUGCACCACAAAGAGCACAUUGCCACAGUCACACUGCGGCGCAUGCUUGACGUCCAACUCGAUCGAGUAGGAGGCGCGAUGCUUAUU